GAUGUUGUGAAUGAGGGGAUGGAGUGACGUCAGCGGCCGAAUGUCAACAAUGUAGCGACGGAGAGAGUAGGCGUUCCAGUCGAGUGUAACAAACAGCGGAGACGGAGCGGCACGCCGCGCUGGAUCAACACGCACACACACACACACACACACGCUUUACGCACGUACGGAGGCGCGCACACAACAGAAUCACAGACGCUCUUGUGUGUGUGUCUUUUUUUAUUUUUUGGUUGUUGCAAAUAAUCAUCAUUACCGCGAGUGAGAAAUAACCGAGGUUGUGGAGGAGGAAGAAGAAGAAGUCACCUCUCUGCAGCCGGGAGGCUUUGAGGAAACGACAAAAGCGAGUCAUCAUGUGAAAGAACUUAUGUGGGAAGCGGACAAAAGGAGCUGGAAUACGAGCAGAAUAGAAAGUAAAAGGGACGCCCUCCCCGUGCUCCACCGACCUGCCAAUCAUCUAUCUGACCUCGCAUCUUUCUGACUGAUAAGUGAUGUAGAUGUGUCCGCACGCUACUCGUGGAUAAAUGAUCACUAAUCAGCCCCCGAAGAUGAAGGACAAAUCUGGCGUGAGCGGAAUGUCCGUGGAUGAGAAGCCUGAAGCCCCCAUGUAUGUGUAUGAGUCGACGGUUCAUUGUACCAAUAUCCUCCUCUGCCUCAACGACCAGCGGAAGCAGGAUAUCCUGUGCGAUGUGACUGUCCUGGUGGAGGGCAAGGAGUUCCGAGGGCACCGGGCCGUGCUGGCCGCCUGCAGCGAGUAUUUCCUCCAGGCACUGGUGGGCCAGGCGGAGAAUGGCUUGGUCGUUAGCCUUCCUGAAGAGGUCACUGCCAGGGGAUUCGCCCCAUUGUUGCAGUUUGCCUACACUGCUAAGCUGUUACUCAGCAGAGAAAACAUCCAGGAGGUCAUCCGCUGUGCCGAAUUCCUGCGCAUGCACAACCUCGAGGACUCAUGCUUUCGCUUCCUGGAAGCUCAGCUACGCAGCGAGGAGGACGGCUUGCUGCUUUGCCACAAGGUGGCGACAGAGGCGAACAACUCUGAAGAUGAGAGCAUGCAGUCAGAGGCAGAAAGGCCCACCUCCCCCAAGGCACGGCACUGUGCAGAUGCCAUCACCUCCUUUCGACGCCCUGACGACGAUCGGCUAGCAAUGGCUUUGCCCAGUAAUUUCACGGAUGGCCGGCUGGACUUUGAUUGUCACGGAGCGUCAGACCUGCCACGAUGCCCCAAGUACAGGAAAUACCAGUGGGCUUGCAACAAGCACAAUAAUGACACCUCCUCACACACCAGUACCUCAGGUUUUCCAAGCACAUUAAAGGAGAGCAGCGUUAGCGGGGCAGUGCCAGGUCAGGGCAGGCUGCCUUUGGCACAGAUCAAAGUUGAACCACAGGCAGAGGAAGAGGCCAUUUCAUUGUGCCUGUCAGGGGACGAGCAGGACGUCAGGGAUAAGGACAGCGUGACAGCCAUGGAGAUGGAUAACCCCAUAUCUGUGGAAAGAACCAAGAGAACCAAGUCCCCCUCCUGCCUCCGAGCCUUCUUCAAGAAAGGGGUGGACCUCCCCAGUCUGCCCAACACAUCACAGCAGCUAUUCCCCAACAGACUUGUCUGCCCCCAGGACAAAGGAAACUCUCAGGGAGAUCAUAAAAAAGACUUCAGACCUUUCACUGGGGAGCUGGGUCUGUCUGUUACAUCCCCAAAGGAGGUGGACGGUUUCCCUGCAGGGUUGUCCCUCAAAUCCGCUUCCUGCGAUGGGGUCUGCAAGCAGGAAGUUGAGCUAGACCGCCGUAGUGUCAUAUUUUCCUCAGGGGCCUGCAACCGUCUGGGAACCCCAGCGCAUUCCUACCCUGGUGGGAACUCUUUGGAGAUGGAGCUCUCUGAGCACAUGACAAAGGGCCUGUGGGCUGGAGCUAGCCAGUCCCUCCCCACCUCCCAGGCCUAUUCUCCCAGCACCACUUCUUCUGAGCCCCCAGUCCUGUGCCGUCCACGGCCCAACACCAGCUGCCCAGUGCCAAUCAAAGUAUGCCCACGCUCGCCGCCUUGUGAGACUCGCACCAGGACUUCCAGCUCCUGCUCCUCCUAUUCCUAUGCGGAGGAUGGCAGCGGAGGCUCCCCCUGCAGCCUGCCCCAGUUUGAGUUCUCCUCCUCUCCAUGCUCCAACGUGGCACGCUGCCUCAAUGUGGACCAGCAGGAGCCAAGUGUGGGAGGGGAUGCUCUUUUUAACCAGGUGCGGCCCAAGAUCAAAUGUGAGCAGUCCUACGGCACCAACUCCAGUGACGAGUCAGGCUCCUUCUCAGAGGGAGACAGUGAGUCCUGCCAUGUGCAGGAGCGAGGGCCAGAGGUGAAGCUUCCUUUCCCUGUAGAUCAAAUCACAAAUCUUCCACGGAACGACUUCCAAAUGUUGGUAAAAAUGCACAAACUGACCUCGGAGCAGCUUGAGUUCAUCCACGACGUGAGACGGCGGAGUAAGAACCGCAUCGCAGCGCAGCGCUGCCGCAAGAGGAAGCUCGACUGCAUCCUGAACCUGGAGUGUGAGAUCCGAAAACUGGUGUGUGAAAAGGAGAAGCUGCUGACUGAGAGGAACCAGCUGAAGGCUUGCAUGGGCGAGCUGUGGGAGAACUUCUCCUGCCUGUCGCAGGAGGUGUGCAGGGACGUCCAGCUGAGCCCCGAGCAGGUCCAGUCUUUACACCACUACUGUCCCGUGCUGCGGCCCGCCAACUCCACUGCCAGCAACAACGCUGCCCACGAGCCCAAGCCUGCCCUCAGCGCCCCCACCACCACCACUGCCGCCGCCACCAGCAUCGACCUCACCAUCCACUCGGGCUCGGCAACGCCGGAACCCAGCUUCCACGGGUCGCCGGGCCCCUCAGAGAGCGAGCCCGACUCGGCCGUCAGAAACGGGGCGGACAAAGACACGGACGGCCAAGACUCCAGGUUGUAUACAAAGUCGGGCUUGUCCGUGGAAAAAUCCAACCAGACGGUAACGGUGGAUUUUUGCCAGGAGAUGACUGACAAAUGUACAACUGACGAGCAGCCAAGGAAGGACUGUACUAAGUAGUGGUGGUCCUUUGUGUUGUUGUUGUUUUUUUUUUUUUUUUUUAAUUAUUAUUUAAUUUUACUCUUCUGACAAACCCUCUCUCAGGGUUGUUGAGACGGUCAGCCUCUGCCAGUGUUCACUGAAAAACAAGCUUUGUUUGUAUUUAUGUCUUUUUGUGCUGUCUUUUUUUUUUUUUUUGAACGGUUGACACUAAAGUUGUCUUAACAGCAGCAAUACUGUUCUCCAGGUAUUCUCCUUACCAUGACAGAGUGGGAACUUCUCACCAAACCCUUACAAUGGUGCUAUACUCGCCCCGGCAGCAAACCUCUACAGUGGAGACUCUGUUCUUCAUGUGUCACACAUCACAGCUCGAAGUCAAACCUCAUCGGACCUAAACAGCAGCUCUCUUUGUCUCUCCAUGUACCAACAGUAUCUCUGUUCCUGCCUUUGUCUUUUUCUCCUCUCCUGUCUUUCCCCCACUCUGUCUCUAUCAAUCUCUUCUACCUCUUUCUGCCUUUCUAUCUCUUUCUUUAUUUCUCUCUUUCUCUUGGUUGUUCCUUAUUUUUUUUCUCUCGCUAUAUCUCAGUGGCCCUUUUCGUCACAGCAAUUCAAACUCAGGAAAAAAAAAAUCCUCUGAAUGUUCAACCUAAUUCAUGAAAAAUGAGAAUACAGCUUCUGUACACGAGGAAGUUGUGAUGCAGUGAGACUGUAAAAUGUUCAUAUGCAAAAAUGUCUUCAAGCGUCUCGCAUUUGUAUUUCUGUACAGGAGAACUUUGUACAGGCUGUAACCGAAAACAUUCCUCCUAUGCCUUCCACAGCACUGAAUUGAAAGAUGAAAAAAAAAAAGGCUUUUGCGGGCGGUUAAAUGGCUAUUUUUAUUUCCCACUCAUCAGCAAUACCAUUGUAUUUGGAUGUUGUAAUAGUGACUUUCAAGUGCUUGUUUGGCAGAAGUGUAUAUAGUAUGGAGCAUGAUGACUGUAACAGUGAUUUUGUACAGGUAGAGGCUUAGAUGUUUCUUUUUCACCGGGGUUAUAUCAAGCACCUUUUUGCUAAGGGAAAAAUCUUUGCUUUGCUGUUUCCUGUCCUGCCUAACGAACACUCCCCAUCACGGUGGGUGUUCUUAUACUCAGGAAAUCAGCUCGAUACACAUGUAGACACACACACGCAGUACAUACAGAUGUCCACACACACAUGUAAAAUUUUGAGCCCCUUGCAUGUAUAAAAGUUAGACAUUCAAGACGUGUUUUUUAAACGCGUGGCUCAGGCCAGCUCCUCCUCUCCACCUUUGACUCCUCUUUAAAUGUGAAAAAGACUUCUUCCUUGUGUUCUUCUUUGUUCUUUUGCGUGUUUUUUUGGAGGAAAUCUUAUUUCUUAUCAGUAUUUAAAGAUGCUAUUUGUGUACACUCUCGCAGACACGGUUUGGUUUCUUCAGUGUUGCCAUUGUGAAAAGCGAAGCCUUUUUUUUUGUUAAUUGAUCCUAAAUAAGAUAAAAUUGACAAAAGCAACACAAAAAAACAAGACAAAAAAUAUAAUUCAGGCACUUUGUUUCCGGCCCCAAGCGCUCAGAGCCAUUUAGCACUUCAAUAAGGGUCUUUGUCUUUGUUUCAGACCCCUCAAAAGUCUGAGACUGGAGCACUUAAAUUGGCACUUCAAAAGGAAACAUCUUGUUGAUAUGAUUAUAUGAAUAUACAGGAAAACAAAUGAAGAAUCUGAAAGCUAAACACAAAAGGAAGCUAAUGUUUUAGUAUAUGAGUGUUCACACCUUAUAUUUGUAUUUCUUUAGGAAUUGAAUAAGCUAAUUCAGACUUCAUUUGACGUGAAAGCAGUGUAUGUGUUGUCCAAAUGAUUGAGUAACAAUCAUAUAAGAUAGUAACAUGUUUGCCCUAAUUGUGCAUUUGUUUGAACAUCCUACUUUGUGAUGUGCAUGCAUGCUGCCUAUAGCUAUAAGCCUAGUUAGUCGGUCUAGCAUCUGUUUUGCCUUGUAAGUUCUCUCUGGAGCAGUCUGCUUUUAAAAUGCUAUUUUUUUAAAUUUCUAUGUAUAAAGAAGCUGAAUUAUGUCAACCUCACUAGAGGCAGGCUUUAAAGUGCGAGCAGGGUGCCGUACUCUAGCACAAAGGUUGAAUUCAAUUGGAACAUGAAGCUUUGUUCAUCGCUCUUUAAAGCCCCGAUCCAAAAUGGCACCCACUGUUAGCAUAACAGAGCUCAAGCUAACUUCAGCGAACGUUGAGCUUUUCUUUCAGUUUUUCUGAAAACAGGCAUGUACCCUUACUCUAAAACAAACCAGUAUCUACUACAGUACUUGCUAUGAAAAUUUGAACCUUUAAACUGUGACUUUAACAAAGAAACGAAACAACAAAGCAUAAAAAAGCUAGCUUUUACGCUAUUGCGUAACCAACCAAUAUACAAUGCUGGAACUGUGAAUUUUUCACUUAUUAAUAGCUGUGUUUAAAAUAGUGAAUUUAGAAAUGUCACAUUAGAAAAAGUUAACAGAAAGAGCAAAAAUGGAAAAAGAAAACAUCCCCAACUUCACUAAAAGUCUUGUUUCAUAUGCUUUUUGACUUUUCACAAAAAAAAAAAGAGUCAGUAUACUUCAUGGUGAUGGAAGCAGCUUUUCUGAAUAAGUUCUAAUAUAGCGAAGAUUUAAUUCACGAGUUAUGAGCUGUUUUUCCUUUUUUUUUGUUGCCUUUGAAAAGCAUGAAUUAUGGCCAAUUCAAGGUAACAUGAAAGAACAAUUACAACUUUUCUGAUUGAAAACAAUUCCAUGGAAUUCCAUUUUUCUUAAAUAGCCAAAAAUGUGUUUGUUUCUUCUUCGUUUUUUCAACAAUUGUCAGGUUUUGUUCCUGGCAUCUCCAACUGUGUUUAUUACAGGCAUGCGUAUUGAUGCCUCUAGUGCCACCUUCUGACAAUGUUACGCAUUUUGCUCUGUUUUAAAACUUUAUUUCAAAAUUACUUGAUAAAUAUAUGGAAGCACAGCUUAUGGUAUCUCACAUGACACUGAUUUUGUGUUCUAAAAUCAUCUUUCUAACUUUUUAGAUGCUUCAGGGAAUAAUAAUGGGCACGUUUUACUAUUUCCUGAAAUUUGUGUGUCAAAGGUAUUUAUAAUGAAAAUAAUUGUUGCUUGCAGUCUUAUAGUUCUUUGACUAUGAAAUAGCAGAACUUGACCCUAACAAGCAUUCAAAAAAUCAAUCAAAAAUCAUACUGACAUUUCCAAUAAUGCAUAACUAAAAAUGUCAACACUUUGUUAAAAUCACUAAGAUUUAAAUUCUAAUAGAAAGUGCUGUAGUGAAAUUUAAUUUAUACUAAUUAAAAUGUGUGCCCUCACAUAAAAGUGUUUGCAUCGCCAUCAGGAUGAUUUUGAAGCUAUAUAUUUAAUCCUUGAACAGCCCAUAUUCUAAUUUGUGGCCAAAUAUUUCCAGGAUCAGGGCUUUAAAGUUUGGAUGACAUGAAGUUCUCCCCCCUCCUUGACUUUACCGAUGUAAAUUUUAGAUGUAGUUUAAAAUACGAUCUCAUGUGACAGAGGAACUCUAAGUGUAUCUUACGAACCCGUCUUUAAAUCGUUCAAAGACUGAUCCCUAUUUUGUAGAGUACACUCACACAAACACACGCACACAUCCACAUAUAUUCAUUAGACACACACACAGUGCAUAUGUGUUGGCACAGCCUGAGUGCGGAGCAGUGGUGAUUCUUUGUCGACUGAUGUGGUUUCUUGUGUUUGUUCAGCCCUUCUUUUCUCGAUUUGUGCUCUUUUCAUUCAUGUACACAUAUUUACUGAACCAGAGCAGUAUUUACCCAUGUUGACAUUCUACCGGGUUCAAGCCAGAAAACUAAAGUGGGACGAUCCACGUUACAGACGCUUCUUUUCUGCAAGCAUUGUGACUCAUUUUCUCAUUUUCUUUGCUCAUUCUUAAACUGAGGAAGCCUGAUGUUGCACUGGAGAGCAGAUUUUUUAAUUUUUUUUUUUAACAUUCUUCAGUUAGGACAAAAGAAAUCCAGAAAGUCUGUGUCCCCUGAUGUGUCCUAACAAUAAUCACAAUUAUCUGUAUAACCUUCUGGAUGUUGCUGAUUCAACUUAACUAAACUGUACAUUCCCAUAGAGUUAAGAUGACUAGAUGAAACAACACUCUCCAGUUGUGAGAGCAAAAACUUCUAAGCCCUUUUAGCCUUGUUGCAUACUACUAAGUACAACUACAAGCUUCCUCAGUUUCAAUAGUAAGAGUUAAGAAUCUUUUUUUACACCUUCAAACAGUCGGGUUUACACUAAGGAAACUAUCAUUUCCUGUGUUGUUUAUUGGAGUCAGUCCACAAAUAAUUCUCUUUUUUCUAGUUGCAUCUACUCAUACAGAUAGCUUUGGUUUCAUCUUGUCCAGGGUUUUAAGAUCUAUGUCUUUUGAUGUUUCUACCGUCACUCAAUUGGUAAAAAAAAAAAAAAAAAAAAAAUCAGCAGCUAAAUCUCUGUUUUAGGAACAGUGUUCUUAGAAUCAUUUUUUUGGAUGCAAUUCCAACAAAAACUAGAAUGGAAAAAACAUAUUAGGUUGGUGGCAGAAAUCCCAAACACCGUCAUGUCAAAACCAAAGUUAUCUGCAUUGACGAUAGCAAGGAGAUGAGAAAAUGUGUUUCAGUGUCAUUUUGGUGAACCAUCCCUCUAACGUCUCAGGGUGCCAAGCAUUCAAACAUGCGUUCUCUGUCACUCUGAAGCAGACUAUUUCUUUUCUUAUUUUUUUUUUUUUUUACUUGCUUUGUUCAAAAGUCAAACAAAAGGUUCCUUUCAAAAAGUUGUAUCUUUUAAAGCAGCAUUAAUUGAUUUUUAGUGGCCACUAGGGGUGCAGCAGAUCAAGCUAUAAACACAACGCUGGCCAAAAACAAAACAAAAAAGACCUGGUGAAUGUUAAGUCCCAUAUUCACUCUCUUUUAGCUCUGUAUUUGGUCUCCACCAAUUUGUGCAGAAAAAUAUCUUUAGCUGUUCGUCAGCUAGCGGCUAAUGUUGUAUUGCAGGCCUUUGGAGCUGGGCUGGUAGCACUCAAUUAGUUAACCAGUGCUUUUUUGAGGGUUAAAACAGCUGCUACAGUAAAAAGAUUUUGUGUUUGCGGGUUGUCAAACCAAAACAAUGAGAUAAAAAGAGCUGAACAGCAGAACAAAGGCAGAGUUUGUGAUAAUUCUCUGCUGGUUCAUGACAAGCAGCUUAUUUCACACUAGUCAUUGUACCAGUUAUUUGCAUUCAAAUUAGUGCAGCUUUAAAACGAUGUUAAACAUUGAAUAUCUUGAUACAAGGAAUCCUUCAGGUGAUUUUACGCAGGCCAACCGCGUUGUUUAUGGCCAUUUUCACAAUUUGAUUUUUGUGAACAAUGUUUUGCUGUUGCUGUAGCUCUGUAAUUGAAUGCUCUUACCUUUUUGCUGUGUAUUUGUCUUGUUUAGUAACACUUUUUUUGUCGCUGCUUCUCUGAAACAAACACUGGCUUUUGCAACUCCAAAGGUUGUUCUAUGAAAGAAUAUGAACAAAAAAAAAAACAUGCCUUUCUCACAGAUUGCUCAACUUUACUGAAAGAAAAAGAAAAUCUGGUAUCCUGGUUGAAUGCGCAGGCUGAGAUCAUAGAGUCAAAUAUAAAAAUGGAAUAUGUUUACAAAUAGGUGUCAUGUCAUGUUUGAUCAAUUUUUGCCAUGUAAAAAAAAAUCGCUCGGUUCAAUUGGACUGGUUUUUGAUGUUGUGUAAGAAACAAAGAAUGAGUUUCCUCACCUUGUCUUUAAUCCAACUUUCGGGAUGGGUCAGCAUUACAUGGAUACAAGUGCACCUCCGAUAUUUGCCUUAGAACUUGCAGAGGCCAUAGUUCACAUUCAAGUGAAGUGAGUGUAUGCAGGGGCCUGGGCCCCCAUCCCUGAGUCACCAGUGCGGACUUUCUCACACUUAUCUACCUGUGAAAUCCUUCAUACCUCUCAUAACUGGUCAAUGACUGUAUCAGCAAACUGCAUCAGGUGUUUUUUCUACAUGCUUUUUACACAGAUUAUAUGGAUUAUUGUAUUAGUAGAUUUUGGUGCAUCAUUUUUAAUGUAAUAGCUCUUAAGCUUGUAGUUCAAGUUGUUGUUUAUUUUUCUCUCAUUUUUCUAGAUGACUGUUUUGUGUUAAUAUUGUCAAUUUGAAAUAGCUGUUAUUUGCUUAUUCUCUACUAAGAGUUCUUACCUAAUUUUUAAAUGCUACAUGACCCUAAUUAAUGAAAUGACUUAAUAACCAUUGUAAAUACGGUAUUGUGCAAACCCCAUUUUCAUUCAUUUCAAUUGCUAGUGUUAUAUAAAUGACUUUUUUGUCUAGACACCAUUUCUCUUUAUGAAAUAAAGAAACAUGCAUAUCA